GCGGUAAUAAACGCAAUGUCAAGUGUACUGAGUCGUAAUGGAACUCCUCCUUAUUAACGCGAGAGCGACACGCCUCAACACAGUGAAGCGCCUUUCUGCUCCAGAAACAGUUCGUGGAAAGCGUUGUAAGCAGCCAUGUCCUCACUGAGUGACAAGUCUGAUAAGGAGAUCAUCCAGUUGCUGGAUGAAUAUGGCAUCAAACAUGGACCCAUAGUAGAUUCCACACGGAAACUCUAUGAAAAGAAACUGAAAGAUGCCAUGGCCAAAAACACCAAACCGUCCUCGUCUGACAAGACAUAUUACAGAGAAGAACAGGAAGAAGUCGAAUAUGUUACCUAUCAUCAACAAGCUACGAGACAUGAUGGAUUUGGUGAUGUCAUUAGGAGGUCAAAGUUUGCUGAGCCAGACUUCUCCCAUGACACACGGAGGUCACAGGUUACUGGCUAUAGAGAUGAUGUAGACACUACAGAUGAGCCCAUUAUCAGCCAAACUCGGACAACCUAUCAAAGUUCUUCUCACCCAGUGCCAUUGGUUUCCAAAUCCAGCCAGCAUGGUGCCAGUCCAGAGACAAACAAAUCUGGGGGUGUGCCAGGGUGGCUUCGUGUUCUGGUGUUUGUUACCAUUGUUAUAUUACUUUAUUAUGUGUACUCAUAUAUGGAGCCUGCAGAAGAGGGCCCUUUUAAAAAGAUUCAGUAGAGGAUGUGAGAGAUUUUAGAUAUGUUCAUGAACCCCUACCAAAACUAAUUCAGUUUAAGAACAACCAAAAAUGUGGCCUUGGUGGAGGGCAAGUAAUGGUAAUCUGUAACAUUGCUUAUGAGGUCCUGUUUCUUUUUAUAUUGCAUUAGCAUAUUUGAUACAUUUUCAACUUUAUUCAGCUAUUUACUAUUCAUGAUUUUAUGAACCCAUGGGAGCAAAUGUAAAAGUGUGAUGAAAUAAUAAAAAUAAAACACUCACACACAGUCUGCCUUUUUAUGAAAGAGAAAAUACUUUUUCAAUUUUUUUUAAUUGGGGGCAUUUAUUUUAACAAUUGGGUGCUAUAAGUCUAUUUUUUAUUUUCAUAAAAACUGAAUGUACAGUGCUUAUUAUACAGUGGUAAUAUGUUUAUUGCAUAUAUUCACAGGACAUUUUGUAAAGCACCAUUUUUUGCAAAGUGAUUUAUAUUAACUAUUUUCUCAGUGUGUUGAAAACGUUAAGGAUAUACAUUUUAUUAAAACAGUUUUUUAAUAAAAAUGUAUACAGUGCCAUACUCUUGCUACAAGAUAACUGUUAAGAUAAGCUGUCAUGUAAACAACUUUUUUUUUGUGCUUGUUUUUUAUGCUUUUCUGCCUUAAAAAAAGAACUCUUGUGAUUCUUAAUUUUAGAUCCCUGGUUUAUUUGUUUAUUUUCUGAAAAAAAAUAUGUGUAAAAGAAAGAAAGAAAACAUGUAUGAAACAGUUUCAAUAAAUCUGCUAACAGAA